CCAUCUAUGUUCAAGUCAAAUUUGGUGAAGCGCGAAUGUGAAAAUUUUGAUUUUAAGAAUUUGCGUAAUUAGUCAUUCAGUUAUCUAUUAAACCAGUAGUUUUCAUUUGUUGAUAAUCAAUAAUUUAUAAGAUAUAUCACUCAGUAGACAUUUCAACGAUAGAAUCUAUUUCCACGCCGAAUACGCGCAAGUGCUGUUGUGAUCGGCCAUUUUGUUAAUGCUUGCUAUGCUAAGUUGAUAAUUAUUAAUUGACGGAGGUUUUGGACGAAACUCACGUUUUAGGUAUAAAAAAGUGAAUUAAUAAUUUGAGAUGAAUACCGAAGAGGAUACUAAAGUGCCCAUUAGAAGAACAAGGAGUUCGGCUAAGACGACCUCUAGUCCACAAAGUGUUACUCCUAAAACAACUAGAAAAACUAAAAAGAAAGUUGUAGUUAUGGAAGUUGAAGUAUCGGAUGAAGAAGUUCCUUCGGAAUCUGGGGCAACAAUCGAUAAACAGGAUUCAGAAAGCAUCAUUAUUGAGAAUAAGGAAGCUGAUGAUAAAGAUCAUACUAAUGAAGAUAAAGAAGUUAAUGAAAAUGAAAAUACCUCUACUGAGAAGAAAGAAGUUGAAGAAAGCAAGGGAGAUUCAAAACAGGAAUCAGAUGAUGUAAUAGAAGAAAAACAAGAAUUGGAAGAAAAGGUAGAAAAUGGAAGUGAUGCCGUUGAAAAAGAUAAAGAAGUGAGUUCACAACAUGAGGCUGAAAUUGAAAACAUGGAAGUUGACUCUAAAGUAGAAGAAAACAUUGUUACGAUGGAUGUUGAUGAUUCUGAGGAAGAACCAGCAAAUGAUUCAGCUGAUAUAGAUCGAAAAGAUGAGGAGCAGCAGGAUACUGCAGAAAAAAUCAAAUUAGAAUCUAAGGAGACAGAGGAUAACAAUGAUAAUGAGGAAGUUGUUAAUGAAACUGAAGGCAAAAUUUCUGAAACAAAAGAAGCUACAGUUGUUGAUGAGAACGGAGCGACAACUGAUGAAAUAAAUGAAGCUUCCAAUGUUGAAGAAAUUAAAUCUGUGAUUGCGGACCAAGAAGAAACUAUAAAAGUUGAAAAAAUGGAAACCAGUGAAACUAGUGAAAAUGAUGAACCAAAAACUGAAGAGAAAGUAGAAAAUGGUAACGAUCCGGAUACUGAAAAUAUUUCUGAGGAUGAACUACCUACAGUACAAGCCGUUAAGGUUCCGGAAACUGAAGAAGUUUCUGAUGAAGAAUUACCUGGACCUAAAAGAGCAGAACUACCAGCAGACACAGAGGUAGUCUCUGAAGAUGAGCUUCCCACAGUUAAAAAAGAGGGCAAGCGUAAAUUAAAUGAAGGAGAAUAUGAUCCAGGAUCUCCAACAUCCGAAGCUGAAGUCUCAACUAAAAAGUUCAAAGAAGAUAAAGAUGCGGAAAAGGAAAAAGAGGAAAAGGUCGUUAAGCCAAAGAAACUACCGGAAUUGGAUAAAUUCUGGAAAGCAGUAAAUGAUGACCCAACUGAUUUUACUGGAUGGACCUACUUGCUUCAAUAUGUCGACCAGGAGAAUGAUAUGGAGGCUGCAAGAGAGGCGUAUGAUGCCUUCUUAUCACAUUAUCCAUACUGUUAUGGAUAUUGGAGAAAAUAUGCUGACUAUGAAAAACGAAAGGGCAACAAAAAGAAGUGCGAGGAGGUUUUCGAGAGAGGAUUGAAAGCAAUACCUUUGUCGGUGGACCUAUGGAUCCAUUACCUCAACUAUGUGAAAAGCAGCAGGCAAGACGACGAGGAUUAUGUUAGGUCGCAGUUCGAGAGGGCAAUUUCCGCUUGCGGCUUGGAGUUUCGGUCAGAUCGUCUCUGGGAUUCUUACAUUCGCUGGGAAACCGAAGGUAAACGUUUACAGAGGAUCACGGCUAUCUAUGAUAAACUGUUAACGACGCCCACUCAGGGAUACACGGCCCACUUUGAAAGUUUUCAGGAACACAUAUCAACAAAUCCACCCAACAAAGUUUUGGAGGUCGAUGAAUUCUUGGCGCUUCGCAAGGAGGUAAAAAGCCUGUUGAAACACGAUACCACCGAAGCGUCAGUGGAUUCAGAUGCGCCGCCUGGAGAUGAAGACCUCAAUAAGAUGAUCAGUACCGACGAAGAAACGAAACUGAUCAGAGAAAGGAUAAUUUCGAUCAGGAGGAAAAUAUACAAAAAUACUGUAACCGCAGUGUCGGCCAGGUGGAACUUUGAAGAGGGGAUCAAACGUCCAUAUUUCCACAUCAAACAAUUGGAAAGGUGCCAGUUGAAAAAUUGGCAAGAUUACCUCGAUUUUGAAAUACAACAAGGGGACAAAACUCGAACAAUCGUUUUAUUCGAAAGAUGCUUGAUCGCCUGCGCCCUUUAUGAAGAGUUUUGGCUGAAGUUUAUACAUUAUUUGAAUACAUUGAAAGAUGAAGACAUUGUCCCGAAAAUAAGAGACGUCUAUGAGAGGGCUUGCACGAUUCAUCAUCUCAAAAAGCCAAAUCUUCAUCUCCAGUGGGCCAUAUUCGAGGAAUCCAACCAGAACGCCAACAGGGCGGCUGAAAUUCUAGUCAACCUGGAGAAGUGUGUACCUAAUCUCCUUCAAGUAGCCAACAGGAGGAUAGGACUGGAACGACGAAGGGGCGACAACGAAAAAUGCUGUCAACUUUUCGAACAUUACAUGAACACCUCCAAGAAUAAAGCGACAGUCAGCUAUCACGCGAUCAAAUAUUCCAGAUUCCAGCAUAAGGUGAUGAAGAAUUACGAAAAAGCUGUUGACAUAUUGAAGAACGCCAUCAUCAAGGACCACACCAACCCCAGACUGUAUUUACAAUACAUUGAUCUCACUAUGCAGAAGGACGAUGUUACGGAAAAGGAAAUCGUGGAAAUAUUCGAUUCUUUCCUGGAGAAAGAAAGCGUUGACGCGGAUCAAAAGGUUCUUUUCGCUCAGAGGAAGUUGGAAUAUUUGGAGGACUUUGGGAGUGACAUCCAGUCCAUUCAGAAGGCUUUUGAAGAUUAUCAGAAACAUCUGAAGCAGUGCAAAGAUGUCAGUCUCAAAAGGAAGGACAGUAAGGGGGAAACAAGUUCGAGCAAAAAAGAGAAGUCGUCCGCGCAACCUGCUGCUCAGGCCGGACCAUAUGGUCCUUACGGAAGCUACAACGCUUCAGGACAAGGGUCCUACCAGUAUUCGGGCUCCCAGCCCCAGGGUCAAUACAAUUAUCAACAAUACGGCCAGAACGAUCAGUACCCAUACCAAAAUUGGCAGUAUCCGCAAGGUGGAUAUGGCAGCUACAAUCAGUGGGGCUCCUACGGAAGCGGCUAUGGCUACUAAAUGAUUCCGCUGAAACAAUGUGGUCUGACAUAUUCCUCCAUUUAUUUAUUGUUCAGUUUUUCAAAUAGGGUCCUCACAAAUUGUAAAUGUUGAUUUUUUGAAGGAAUGUAAAUAGUACGAGAGUUGAUUAUUUCUGAUAUGUCAAAUUCGUGUCAUUAAUGAGAUGAGAUAGUUUGCACACAUUUUUAUCAUCGUUGAUUUUCAUUAAUGAAAUCGGAAUGGUUUGGAAUCAUAUAUUAUUAAUUUGACAGUAUAUUUUGAAGUAGUUGGAUGUUUUUAAUAAAUUAUUUUUAGAA